AUGUCGCUUAGAAAAUCAGACUUUUGCCAACUGGUGAUCCAGUGCGUAGACGCCGUGGGUGGCUCUGCCCCCAAGUCGGUCAUCCUGAGAGCGGUGAGCACAGCCACGAAAAUCAAAUUCAGGGGAUUGGACAGGCAAAUUGAAGACGCUCUUAAUGAGCUUAUCGUUCAAUGUAUGAUCCACGAACACGACGGCAACUAUUAUAUUAAACAUGCAAGGGAUGAGAUAACAGCAAGUGACAGGCACAGUGGCAAUGAAGAUUCAGAUUAACUUCGGAUUUAGAGAAUAAGCUUAAAAGCUCGACAAAUUCGUAUGUAUUCAAAUAUUUCUACAACUAAUUUAAAACACUCCAAGUGGAGCGUUAAAUAAAGGAAUAAUUAAAUGUAAA